UGGAUAAAUACUGAGCAAACUUUCAUUUCAGAUUAGAAACUGGACAGGAGUGCGCACCCUUUUUCUAAACUUGUAAAGGUUUUUUUGUUUGGUUCCACAGUCAUGAAAGUACUUCUAGUUGCUGCAGUGUUCGCCCUGAUUCAUGGCAGUUCUGCCACUUUGCUCAUUAAAGGGCCGACCCAGCCGGUCCUGGAGGGAGAGAGCGUCACGCUGGAGUGUCUGUCCUCGGACUCUGAACUCAACAUCAGCCAGGUCCACUUUGAGGUCUUCUCCAAGUACAUGCAGCGCUGGCGUCCAGUUUGGGAGCGAUCUUGGUGCUUCUAUGCGAUGCAGAUCGUGCGGACUGCGGACAGUCUAGUCCUGUCCAUCCCCCACGCAGGAAGGUUCUACGAGGGGCCCUACCGCUGUGUGUCCGACGUCGAAAAUGUGACCGACGCCGAAAAUGUGACCGAGACGUCCUACAUCUCCUCCCCGCUGCUGGACUUCAAAGUGCAUUACAUGGGGGAGCUGUCACUGACGAGGGAAGGCUACACCAGCUACUUGAGCAUCCCACAGGAGCUGAAGGUGCGACUCGGGGAUGAUGUGGUGGUGAGGUGCUCCGCCAGCUCGUCGGAGAUGCCAUUCUACUUCUGGAAUAAAGACGGUGACGACUGGAUCCUGCCUUCCUCCACGCUGACGCUGAGGAAGAUCAGAGUGAUGGAUGAAGGACAGUACACUUGCAUGGCCGAGCAUCCCUCUGUGGAGUCACUCAGCAAGAAACGCACCAUCAGCAUCACUGUGCUGUCAAAGGAUGCCCGCUGGUACGAGUCUAGUAAUGGCCGUCUCGUGUUGAUGACCUCGGCAGCGGCCCUCUCUCUCCUGGUGUUCAUCCUCUCCAUGAGUGUAUUCCUGUGCCGCAGGGCCAAGCGCGCCAAGACCUGCAAGGGACCCAUUGAUGACCGGUCUCAGAAGAAGCCCAUCUACAAAGCCAGUGUGGAGUCCCUGCCCUCCACCUGUGCAGACAAACAACCUCUGGUUUGACUGCACGGGCAGGUGGAAGGAUGAGGAGGGGGAUGGUGGGGGGGGGGGGGAGUGAGUAAGAGGCAAGUAAGAUGGAGUGGGUGACCAGAAAAUGAGGGAUGGCAUGGAGAGGAUACUUAAAGAGGGAGGAUGUGCAGGUAUCAGGGUGGUCACAUUGAGGCAGGAGACGGGGAGGAAAGGGGACAAAAAGAGGGAUGUUUGGAGAUAAGGGAGAGCAAAGCUGGGUGUGAGAAAAACAACAUAUAAACUUAAGGGCAAAUGAUUGCUUUAGAGGCACGAAUGCUGCUUUGCUUGUGUGUGUAGGUUGAAGUUGUGCGUCUUGGACAUGUGGGCAAUUUUCUUUUCAUUUAUUCUGCACUGUGCGGUGAGCUCCAUUCUUAUUAAAAUGAUGGGGGAUUAAUCUUGUGUACUGUUAAGAGCUGUAAAGAUUCCAUAUGCAAUUCUCUCUCUUUUCUGUCGCAAACAUAAUUGCUCAGCUGUGUAUUAUGAAUGAGCCAUUUGGUUGAUAGAACAAGCUUUUAUUUAGUUGAUUUGUUUCCCUUUCAACCUCUUUUUCCAAAGCAGGAAGCAGCUUCUGUGAGAAGGUUAUCAUAAUCUUUUUACUGAGACAGCUCUCGGGCACAUUGCACUCUACUAUUGUAUUUACUGUACUCUGGAUUUCUUUGAUAUUAAAUGGCUUUCAGAAAAUGUUA